CUACCGCCGCCGCCGCCGUAGCCGCCAAAGCCGCUGCGGCCGCGGAAGAAGGGGUGGAGGAGGAGUUGGGAGUUUAGCGCAGUCGCCGCAGUGCAAGGACAACGGCCAUCCGGCCAGAACUCAGCCCAGCGCGGCCGCCGUCAGCUCCUCCUUUUCCCUCCCCCCCGGCGGCGGAGGAGUUGCGAGAUGCUGAGCCUGUGACUCCCCUCCUCCCGUCCCUGUCACCGAGAACGGGAACGAACGCUCGCCCACUCGCCGGAGGAGACGGCCCUGGACUCGCAGCCCCGUCGGCGUAACCAUGAGCUCCGGCCAGCAGCCGCCGCCGCGGAGGGUCACCAACGUGGGCUCCUUGUUGCUCACACCGCAGGAGAAUGAGUCCCUCUUCACUUUCCUCGGCAAGAAAUGUGUGACUAUGUCUUCAGCAGUGGUACAGUUAUAUGCAGCAGAUCGGAAUUGUAUGUGGUCGAAGAAGUGCAGUGGUGUUGCUUGUCUUGUUAAGGACAAUCCACAGAGAUCUUAUUUUUUAAGAAUAUAUGAUAUCAAGGAUGGGAAAUUAUUGUGGGAACAGGAACUAUACAAUAACUUUAUAUAUAAUAGUCCUAGAGGAUAUUUUCAUACCUUUGCUGGAGAUACUUGUCAAGUUGCUCUUAAUUUUGCCAAUGAAGAAGAAGCAAAAAAAUUCCGAAAAGCAGUUACAGACUUGUUGGGUCGGCGACAAAGAAAAUCUGAGAAAAGACGAGACCCCCCAAAUGGUCCUAAUCUACCCAUGGCAACAGUUGACAUAAAAAAUCCAGAAAUCACAACCAAUAGGUUUUACAGUCCACAAGUCAACAAUAUCUCCCAUACCAAAGAAAAGAAAAAAGGAAAAGCUAAAAAGAAGAGAUUAACCAAGGCAGAUAUUGGAACACCAAGCAACUUCCAGCACAUUGGGCAUGUUGGUUGGGAUCCAAAUACUGGCUUUGAUCUGAAUAAUUUGGAUCCAGAAUUGAAGAAUCUUUUUGAUAUGUGUGGAAUCUCAGAGGCACAACUUAAAGACAGAGAAACAUCAAAAGUGAUAUAUGAUUUUAUUGAAAAAACGGGAGGUGUUGAAGCUGUUAAAAAUGAACUACGAAGGCAAGCACCACCACCUCCACCACCAUCAAGGGGAGGGCCCCCUCCUCCUCCUCCCCCUCCACAUAGCUCAGGCCCUCCUCCCCCUCCUGCCAGAGGAAGAGGUGCUCCUCCUCCACCACCUUCAAGAGCUCCCACAGCUGCACCUCCACCGCCACCUCCGUCCAGGCCAGGGGCAGGAGUCCCGCCACCACCGCCAAAUAGGAUGUACCCUCCUCCGCCUCCAGCCCUUCCCUCCUCAGCACCUUCAGGGCCGCCUCCACCACCGCCUCCACUUCUGCCAAUGACAGGGUCAGCGACACCACCCCCACCACCCCCUCCUCCACCGCCACCUGGGCCACCACCUCCUCCAGGCCUCCCUUCUGACGGUGACCAUCAAGUUCCAACUCCUGCAGGAAACAAAGCAGCUCUUUUAGAUCAAAUUAGAGAGGGUGCUCAGCUAAAAAAAGUGGAACAGAACAGUCGACCGGUUUCCUGCUCUGGGAGGGAUGCACUUUUAGACCAGAUUCGACAGGGUAUUCAGCUGAAAUCUGUAUCUGAUGGCCAGGAGUCCACACCACCGACACCUGCCCCCACUUCAGGAAUCGUGGGGGCACUAAUGGAAGUGAUGCAGAAAAGGAGCAAAGCCAUUCAUUCUUCAGAUGAAGAUGAGGAUGAAGACGAUGAAGAAGAUUUUGAAGAUGACGAUGAAUGGGAAGAUUGAUCUAUAUAUUAUAUAUAUAUUUUUAAGGUGAAAUACUAAACACUACUUUCUGUCUAUGGAAUCUGUAAAAUUAUCAUGUAAAUGUUCUACCAAUUUGCUGUAUAUUUUUGUUGCCUUUUUUGCUUUUUUUAUUAAUCUGUGCAAUACCUCAUUUAAUCUGUAAAGGUUUGUCAUAAUCUUCUGCAAAGCUACUCCCUGUUGUUGUGUGCAAGUUUACACCAGGAUGCUCACUUAAUUUGUGAAUAUUUUUCAUUCCAUCAACAAGGGAGUUUAAAUAUUAUGUGUGAGACUGACAAAAACCUUAAUGUAAUUUAGUUAUAAUGUCAGAAGGAAAACACUAUUUUCAUACCCUACUUUUUCUGUACCUAAAUUUUCUUAUUAAAACCUAGUAUAGCACUACAUUCUUUUUUAAGUGAUACAAACCUUAGUUUAUUUUUAGCCCCUUCAUUUUGAACACAAUGCUACAUGAAUGUUGAAGCUGAUAGAUUGCACAGUUCAGUAGACAUCACUACACUGAUGCAGUUUCUCAAAUUUUAGCAAUAUGCUCUACAUAAAAUCACCACAGAGAUGCUAAUCGGGGAAAUCAGUAACACACCUCUUAUAGCAAUACUGCCUGUUACUGUGUAGCAGUGGCAUUCGGAGGCUGGAAUCAUAAGGAGCCCUUACAUACCUGUACUUGGCUGAAGUUAUUUUUAUGCUAUAGCAAAUGUGGCAGGCUCUUUUUAGCAAAAACUUAAAAAAUAUUUUUGGUAUUAUUCUGAAAUAAAUGUUAUUUAAAUUAUUGGAAUUCGGGGCGCCUUGGGGUAAUUUUCGUAUGAAUUAAAGGAGACUGUAUUAUUGUUACUUUGGUAUUGGUUAAGGAUACUAUAAAAAUCAGUCCAUUAUAAAUGAUAUGAGAUUAACAGUUUUUAUUUUGCGGUUUAUAUGGAUUGAGGUAUUAAAAAAUAAUACCUCAAAAAAUCUAAUCUGAUGUUGAACCUACUAUACAUUUUUUUUAUUUUUAUAAUUUCUCAAGGUUUUUGUCAAAUGUCAAGUGAAAGGUUACUUUUUUUUUUGUUAUAAAGUCAGUUAUUCCAAUGUCAAAUUUCUUGGGAAGACAUAAGUCAAUGAUAGAUUUUUUUUUAGAAAAAUAAAUAAAACAUUACAACCUGCACAUUGUUAUGUAUACUAAAUGAUAUGUUAAAGUUAGGGUUUCCUUGCCUCUCUACAGUACACUAAUCUGCCUAAAGGUGGUUUUCAUAUUUAUAAUGCUAAUUAUCAUAUCUACCUACUUUAGAAAAAUUAUGUGAUUUAAAUACAGAUUUUUUUCUCACAUUGAGUCAUAUGCAGAAUGUAGUUUCAAAUGUAUUUCAUUACUGUAGUCACAGUAUCCAACUAAAAAUUAAUUAAGCUCUCUAAAAUUAUACCGACCAAAAUCUAGUAUUGGAAUGAUCUUGACAGGCUGGACCUGCAAGAUGUGGCUUGAAUUUUAACCAGUUAUCAUAUAGUAUAGUGAUCAUGCAUCUAGUUAUCAUAAAUAAUUUAAAAGGUUUUGUUGCUGAAAGCAGUUAAGUGGUGCAGUAAAAUAGUUAAGUUAUUCAAAGAAUGUUACCUUCCUUGCAAGAGUAAUUUAAGGCCAUGGGAAAAAUUCUAGACUUUUUGUUCUUGCAAAAAACAGUGCCCUCUGCUUCUGGAAACCUUUUUCUGCUUACUCUGAUUUUCGUUGUGGCUUGAGCUCAGUUGAAUCUGGUAUGGAUGAGGCUUGACAACUACUAACCAGUAAAAUUAGGAAUUUGUGCAAAUGGUAAAUAGAACAAUGUACUUAUUUUAAGUAAUAAACAUUUUCCAAUUUAUGCAACAUUAUAAAAGCAUUUUCAAUAUCCUAGACAUGUCUUUAAGGUAAUGCCUAUUUAAGAUCUUUCUUAACUUUUGGCCAAGGAAUUCAGGGUUUUCCAGCUUACUUUGCUGUGAUAACUUUAUCAGAAGCUGCUCUGAACAGAGGCUAUCAAUUCUUUGAGUUGGAAACACAAUUUUAAACAUGUAAAAUCGGUGUAAAAUUUGCCAAAGGUAUUUGAGUUUAUUCUUUCCUCUUAAAGAAAAAAAAAAUACUUUUUGUUGUUGUUGCACAAAGUCUAAAUUACUGGUUGAAACACAACAGCUGUGGAGUUCGGUCCAGGCAUGAAAACAAAAUCUACUUUAAAUGUAAAGGUUGCAUGUUUCAGUCCUCCACCACCUUACACUGUGGUCGGCACUAUGUCUGUGCAUUGUCUGGAAGCCUCCUAUAUAUACUCCAGUUAAAUGAUUGUCUGACAGCCUUUGCACUUAACAAACAAACUAGCAUGAGGCUUUUUAUAUCUAAAUGCUAUGUGAUAGACAAUUUCAGCUAGCCACAUAUUGUAUGUAUGAGAUUCAUAAAGACUUUCAAUCAUUCAUUUCCAUUUAUCAACUGAAAUUUUGUUUAGUAUGUGAAUUUUUUUUGAAAUGUAUAGUGAGUAGGAUGUUGCACAGGUGGCAAUUCAUCAUGAAGCAUAAUAAAAUUAAUUUGACUCAUAUAUAAA